AUGAACAUUGAUAAUAUUAAAGUUCCUACCAAUUCUAUUGGUUUUAUCAAAGGCAGAGGAGGGGCUAACAUUAUGGACAUUCAAAGGCGCUCCGGUGCUACAUGUAAUAUAAACGGAAAUAACAUCGUUGUGACCGGCUCGAAUGAAGCCCGCCGCAUCGCCAUAAACUUGAUCGAAGAUUGUGUUCACAAUUCCACCGUCGUUUACAACCAUCCUAUUGAGGCGGUUAUCGCACUUCGACCGCCAUUGGUCGGACUUAAGAGAGUAUCGUUUGUAAAGUAUCAAGGAAAUGUAGAUAUGAAUAAUGUCAAUAAGGCGCUAUUUGUUUUAGAUGAAGGAGAGGAGUUGGGCGUGGAUGAUGAACUUGAUGAGCUAUCACACAUGGAAAAUCUGAACCUUGACAGCAUUAUCGCCCCUAAAGAUGAUGAACCCUUAGUAGAACUUAUCACCGAGCGCCUCAUCGAACAAAUCACAAAACCCAGUAACAAGGAUCGUGACUUCAGGAUCAAAGUGAAUAUUGGCAAACAGCUCUUUUAUCCAGCAAUUAAGACGAAUUUGUUGCUCCCACCUUCGGUCCCUCUUGCUCGUCUCCUUAAAUACAAGAUUGGUUACAAACGUGAUGUCAAGGUUAUUUUUAUGAACCAUAUUUCCUUUGACAUAGCAAAGAUAAUCGAAAGUCGUCUUGUUAAACUGGGGUACAUGACAAACGAUGAUGAGUUUGUACAGAGAGCUUCUAUCCAUCUUAUUGAUGUCAAUGCGAAAAAACGCUUUACCAUCUCCACCGACAUCACGUUAGAAGGCGCCCUCAAGAUUCGUAAAUACAGCAGUGAUAGCACAAAACACCUUCUUUUGUCCUUCACAAGAUCGAAAUGCAAUUUGGAUUUUCGAUUCAGAAUCCUUUCCAAAGAGCCACCCAUAAAAACAAUACCUUCCAAUCUCAUCAACAUAAUUAACAAAGCCUCUUACGAUCUUGGUGCCAGGACUAUACAUUUGAAGAAUACUACCGAAUUCACCUUCAUAACUAUCCGUGUCAAAACUAAGCGUAAGUUUUUUAACAGCAAGGGUGAAUUUUCUAAUGGUAGACUAAAGGUGACGAUUUCUGAGGUACAAGAGAAGGGGAAUAAGGAUGUGCAGGUGUCUGUGACUAAUGAUGCAUUUUAUGAGAUAUUGGAAAAGAUAAAGGAUAAAUCAGAUGAAGCAUUGGAAAUAGAAUGUAAGAAGGAAGUGGUGAAGUUUGUUAACGAAAUGUAUAGGCUUGUGGAUGGAUUACAAUACGAUUUCACUAGUGAAAAUUAG